AUGGCGUGCCACGAUGAGGACACUGCUCUCAGAUUGAAUAUAAAAGUUAAUAGUGAAAACCUAUUGCCUACACCCCAAAAAUACAACCUUGGUUCACUAAGGCUGCCUGCUGACCCUUCUUGGCCUAAAAUACCACAGCGUAGGUUGGCAGAUGAUGCUGGCGAUUUGAUACAACCUUUGUAUACUGUCACAUUUACCGGCACGCCAAGGCGAAGCCGGACAAUCGAACAGGUCCCACGAUCUCAAUCUUCAAAAAUGUUUGGGACCCAAGAUUCUAGAAAAGAGCAAUAUUCCCAAAGUCAACAGCCCAGGAGAAGAUCUGGCUGUCCUGAUCCAAGAUUCAAAAAGGUCACAACUGUGAGAAGUCAAAUGACGUCAACUGAUCUAGGAGAAGUUAGAACAGAGGAAGAAUCAGGAAUGUCUGUAUCAAAAGACUGCAAAUCUAUUGCGGACAAAACUGUACCAUGGAUAGAUUCGACUCAAGCCCGAGUUAUGCAGCAGAAGGCUGAGAAACCUGACGAAUCAAAAGGGAUGGAGAGUGUUGGUGUACAAACUGUGCAAAUAGUAUCGUCAGAAGUUGCGCUCGACUCGACUCAAUUAGUCCGGACCAUCAAAGAAUCAAACGAGCAGAGUUCUGGAUAUGCCGAAUCGAGAAGAAAAAGCUGCAGUCCAGUGAAGAGUGGUCCAACACAUUCAGAAAGAGAUACACCACGACCUAGCACCUCAGUCGGGAAAACAACGCCAAGAAAUUCGGAAAGGAUUGACUUGAAAAGUUCUGAAUUUGACCAAACACAUCCUUUGCAAUGUUGUCAGGCAAAGGAUGGGCAACUCUUUUUGACGGUAGAAAAGAAGGUUCAAGCAACGAAUAUGCCGAUCACAAACAAAGUCGAUCUUGUACCUGGAAAAAAAAGUCAGAGCACAACUCAGUGUUAUAAUGUGCAAGUACCAGUGCUCAGCUUUCAAAAUUUACCAGUUCAAAUGUCAACCCAGCUACAAUCGAAGGUUGAUAUUCCGCCACAUAAUUCGUCUUCAUCAUCUCCUGAUUCCCAAAUAUCGACUCUUUUCAAGAACAUUAAUAUUCCAAAAUUGGAGUUACCUAAUGACGUUACUCCUCAAUUCAUGAGUCUAGGCACAAGCUUUUCUAAAAUAACGAGCAAUCCAUUCUCGAGUCAAACAUUGGAAAGUCAUGAUUUUCAGUUAAAUACCGAGCCUACAAGUCAAUCAGUAAUAGGUUCAAAGAAGAAAUUGGAUGAUUUGAAACAGCAGCAACAUUUACAGUUCCACAAAGAUAAACAACGUCAAUUAACAACUGAAUCCAAUUUUCCACUAAGUUUUCAAACGAAUAGAGAUCGCGAUUUUGAAUUCAAAUCAAAUUCAGAAAAGUUAAUGAAAAAUAUUCGCAAUGAAGAGAAGUGUAGUAGACCCCAACAAAAUAUUUUGAACUUUAAUAAGGAUAACGUCAUACCCAAGCACGAUUUUCAUAUUUAUUGUCAUCCAGAACAGCCUCUUCAAUCACACACUACAGAUGCACAGCAGAAACUGUGUAACAUUCAAGCACCACAGUAUCAGCUAGUAACGACUGAUUCUGAACCUGAAAGAUACGGAGCUUUCAAUAAACAAAAUCGUAAUCCUGACAAUGGAACAGAAUGCUUAGUCAAGAAUAAAACGUACUUUCAGCCACAACAGCAACCUACAGACACAGACUCGCAUGUGUCAGACAAAGUAACUCAGUUUUGUAAAAUGCAAAAAAAUUAUUGUCAGCCAGCCGAAAGGUUGAACGCAAGUUUCCUUGACGGGAUAGAAGACCAUCAAAACAAAAAGUUCGAGUCAUUGAAACAGAAAAACGUGUAUUUUGAAAAAAAUAAACCACAAGUGUUGAAUCAGGAUUGGAAACAUCAGACUCUGCAGCUCUGUGACCAAGGCAAGGUGAUAUCUUUGCGUCAGAAACGAAAAAUGAAGUCGGAACAACGUUUGAUGCUUAAUAAAAAACGCAUCCAAAGUUCGGAGCCACAUAUAUCAACGAAUCGAAGACGAACCCAAACUCCGUAUUUAAAAAAAGCAAGCUCAUGCCUAUCAGAGUGCACACAACAAUUAACACCUGAUCCACAAAGUAAUUGCAUGUAUCAGACUCAGCAGCGCAUACCUGUGUCUAAUCAGAGAGAAAACGUCAAUAAUAUGACAUCGGAUGAUACAGAAAAUUUUCCAAGCUCACAACAUACCAUGCAAGCAGAUAAUAUAAACUUUAUUGAUUGUAACGAAAUUAAUGCAAGAGUACCGCAUCCUACGGACUUUAACGGAAUAAAACCAGAACAUUGUAUCAAGCCAUACCAAAGACCACCUAAUAAAGAUGCUAAAAUUACCUCGUCGCUGGAUUUGGAGAAGCAGAAUUUAUCAUCGCUUCAAUCUCCUAGAGCAGAUACAGAUGUACCUACUGAAAAGCCGACUGCGAUACCAGUCAAAACUCAACAGCUUUUGAACAAAAGUUACUGGGAUUACUAUAAUAAAUUGAAGCUGCAUAAAAUGGUGAGUGGUGAAAGUCCGCAACAGCAGUACUUUUGUCAAGUAGCAAUGGGAGCACCGAUAUCAAAGAAAAGAAGAGCGCCGGAAUCGAUUGCUGAGGAGUCUAACAAUACAUCGCAAGUGGGAGAUCAGAUGGAACUUAGUUUACCAGAAAUCAGAACUUUGGAACAAUGUUCAGUUCUGUCGACUAUGAUCAACAAGACAUUGGAUUCCGCACUGCAACCAUUGUCUGAAACGCUACAAACAAAACAAAUUUACUUGAAUGGCAAUAUGAGAUCAUCUUCCGAUCCUACCGCAGGAACGCAGAGCGCAAUACUGAAGAAGUUGUUAUCUGGUGAAAAUGAGGACUCAAUUAUUUCUUCAACACUUAUGUAUACACAAAAGCAUAAGCAUGAUAAGGAUUUUAGCAACAAAACAUCGAAACUGAAGUCUAUCGGUGAACAUCCAAUAGUCUUCUUUGGCUGUAUGGUGUACGCUAUGAUUAUAUUUCUUCCAAUGAUCUAUGAUUGUUUCUUCUACGAGGAGCAUGAUCAAUAUGAGGACUUGAGUUAUAUCGAGGUAGUAUUCGAAUACAUUAUUUCGUCUGUCAAGGAAGCAUGUGGAGUGUUUUUCGACAUGAUGAAUAAAAUAUUUUUAAAGCCGGAUGCACGAAUGCAGCGAUUAUCAAGCGGCAGGUGGAAACAGAAGAUAUCCAAACAACACCUAUUCUGAUUUGAGAUACAUAGAAUCAAAAAUGUUAGAUAGUAUAGAGAAAACAAAAAGAGACAGGAAAAUACAGUUUUAGGAUAUUUGACCGGUUAAACUAUGGUGCUUGCUUAGUAGAUCCAACUUUGUCACGAGAUUUAAUACCCUGAAACUAUCUUGUAAAACUCAGUAUUUUUUUGCUUCUAAUUUUCAGCGCUCCUGUAAGAAAUGUAAUAAUCUUACAUAAAUUUCAAGUAACACGCCGAUCACUCCUAGCAUUGGUAUAAUCCAGUUGAUCGAUAGUUGUUUGAUAUAAUGUCUAUAUUGAGUCCUAUUUUAUAUGAUAUAUUGUACUGCUUUCUUUCCAUAUGGUCGUAAUUCAUAGUAUUGAU